AUGAGUUUGGAUGAGCGUCGGGCACUCGAAGCGCUGAAAGAGGGCAAUAAUACCACCAUCCUUGACUGGCAGGACUGCGAUGACUUCAGCUUUGGCGAUGUUUGCAAUGGAACGGAGCCGCUCGCCAUCAGCCAUGCUGGUGGCGAGUUUACUGACCUCGCAAGAGAGGUUCUAGGAGACUUUUGGAGAAUCAACAAUCGUGUUCGACGUGUGGAUAACCGCACACGUCGUGAUCGUGUCCUCCGCAGGAACAAGGCGUUUGCUGAGCAGAUGCCAGUGAUAACCGAUGCGUACCUUGCGUGGAGCCUGGCAAGACGUAAGGAAGGGUUUUUUGAGAGAUUGGAGAGAGAAGACCUGGAUAGUGGCUCUGACUACGGUCAAUGGCCAAUCAGCGUGAUAGAUGUGUUCUACGCUGAGAAAGUCAAUCUUCGAAUCUUGCCAACAGAUGCCACUAUCAGCACUGCGCUCGUUCGUCAAGGCCUGAUGCCUUGUUCACCCAUAUCACCAACUGUCGGAAUCACUACUGAAGCUCUGGAUUUAUACCGUGUAGCGCAUCUUAGAAGUCCUCAAUUGUCUAUCCAGGCUUUCGUCAAAACCAUGUGCGACUUGCAUGGUGUUGGUUUCCACAGACACCUAUCUCGUCAAUUCUCUAUUGCGUUCGACCUAUAUCUUCAAGUUCGACGUUCGGUGGCUGCCAUGGUAGCCGAAUCACUACGACGUGACUCACCCGAUUGGCGCCUGAAACAUGCUUGUCCCGCAUGUACAUAUACACUAACAGAUGAACCACAGUUAACAUUUAGCUUGCUCUACGCCAUGGAUGGCAACGACUCUUUAAAAAGAGUCCUUCGCAGAUCUCUAGAUACUGAUGAUUCUCUCAGUACAUCUUCAGAACUUCCAACAGGGCAGCAACUGGCGAGCGACCGCUACCUAUCUCGCACCUUUGUCGACCAAUUUGCGUGGGACUCUACUACUGCAGGUGAUGAGGAUGUACAUCUCGAGAACACGUGCGAGGGACGCUGGAAGAAUAUGGACGAUACAAAGACGAAGAAAGCAUGGGGCAUUUAUGAUGAAACGGGCAUAUUUGUGGCCGUGUGCCGCCAUGGAUUCUCUCUGCUUGUUGCGGAUAUGGUACAGAGCGGGGAGCUCGCAAAGUAUCCUCUGGCCGUUGUUUCAAAGUUGCUGGACGUAUUUGGAAGCAAUCUGGGUGGCGGAUAUGACAUCGGUUGUCAGUUCAAGACCACACUUGACAACAGCUCCCUCGGACCCCUUGCACGGUCUAUGCAUCACACUUGCCUUGUCGAUGCCUUCCAUGGACAUGCGCACAGGCGAUUGUGCCAACUUUUCUCGCUUACUACUUACAUCAAAGCGUCUGCGCUACGGUACGCAAGUGUAUUCCAUAGACAACAGUCCAUCGACACAUACUUCGAGCACAACGACGAUUUUGAAGUGUACGCUAAUCUUUCCGACUUUUUAUAUAACAACUACAAGCAAGCGCUUGACAUUUUGAAUGACGGGGAUGCGACCCUACCGAACUUGAUGCGAGAUCUCAAAGUUACCGACAAGACCGUGUUCGAGCACUGGCUGGAGGAAGAAAAGGUAUACCUUCAAGGUCUGACACGAGAACCGGAGGUUGAAACACUGCACAUGGAGUAUUGGCAAAGGUUGGUUAGUCUUACUGCGAGCGAGGAAACUCUGGACGCUGCAAUAACAGCUUUCCAGGGCUCAUCGCACCUCGAGGCUGCGCCAUAUGAUGUGCAGGCGAAGAAUACUCGCAAUGCUGAGAGUGCCCGACGGCAUGCUCUUGAGGACCAUGAGAGGUAUUUGAAGCUCGUUCAAGCACUUGAGUGCAGGCUCGAGAUCGAGAAACGCUGGACUCCUCACGAUGCAGAGUGGCAGAGGGUUGGAAGACUCGUGGCCAACCGGAAGUACCAGCGUGCGCUGGAUCGACUCGAAGGAUUGAUCGUUGCACGUAUAUUUGAGCUGACGAGGAUGAACCGUGCGGGCACAGGCUACAAACUGCGAAAGCAUAUUGCUAAGGCAUUGCAAACACGAUCCGUCGCCAUCCGAACGGCCCUCAACACAUACAACGCUAUCGCUGGGUCAAUGCACCCUCCCCGCCGGACACUUAAGUGGGACGAGGUCGUAGAGUACGCGUUCCUCGCAGACUUCGACUUGCUACGUGAUACACGUGCGGACGUUUCUCGACACCCUUGGUCAUUGGCUGCUGCUCGUAGCGCGAUGGACCUCCACUUCAAAAUGUGUCGGGCGCGCGAAGAGAUUGAGCGCCUCGAUACUGAGGUACGACGCCUCGUGACCUAUAUACGUGAUGAAGAGAGGUAUCUACGGGAAUGUGAGAAUCAGUUAAAAGACACCAGCCCAGCACUCGCACAUCAAAUCGCCAUCCACCGAAACACUCGAGGACGCUUCAACUCACGACAUCUUAAACGGCUUUACGACAUAUCAAAGCUUCCGGGUUUCAGUGGGACACUAACCCCUGGUGUUAGCGCUGACACAAGUCCCGGGGAGAGCGCGAGUGUAGCUAACGCACAGAUCCCCACCCAGAUGCUUGUUGCACCCCUCCCUGUUGAUCACACCGCAUCCCCCUUAGACGUAGACACCCAGGAUGACCUGGAUGACGAGGAGGAAGAGGACGAGGUAGUGGAACAAGCCUCUAGAAGUUUGCACGAUGUUCUCCUUAUUGCUGAUGACUUUUCACACCUCGGUAUUCAUGAUGAUGCUGAAGAAGAGUAG